UUACAGGUUACAGACACGCUGUGACCUCUCUCCCAAUUGCAAACAGAUUAAGCAGGGCUGAUUAACCGAGACUAAAAACACUGGGUUAUUUUCUCCGGUGGGGGUCUUUGACAAAGCCCUCCUCUCUGAACCCUCCGACUUCAUUCGCUUGCAAAUCGCUGUGCCUGAACAGGUCUUCCUCCCCCAGUCCCAACCCUUGAGCCCUGCAGCGCCAUCAGCGGCAAUAUCUUCCUACGUGAGGGACGUCUCUUAUUAAUCAGAAACGCUGAAUGGAAACCAAUCAGACAGAGAGUUUCUUUGGCUUCAGCUUCCUGCCUGUCUGAGUUAAAAGUGAUGCUCGGAGAGGGAGGCACACUGAGAUGCAUGAAGCUUCAGCUGUGAAGAUACUAUAAAAAGAGAAGAGUAGGAACGAGACAGAAGCAACACCGGAAUUGUCAGUGCUGAGCAGGGCUAAACUCAGUUCCGCUACUAACCAAGGGGAAUUGGAUGGUACAUUGAAUUUGAUAUCCUACUGAAGCUGCUUAUAAUGAGGACAUACUAUUGCCUAUCACUAUUCAUCUGGACCUAUAUGUUUCAUACAGUUGAUGCUAUUCCAUUAGAAGAAAAAGCUAGUAGGGAUUUGCCAAGCAAAAGGGUUGUGGAUCUGACAAAAGAUGAUAGUAAAAUGUUACAUCGUACCAAGCGUGGCUGGAUGUGGAAUCAGUUCUUCUUGUUGGAAGAGUACACAGGUACAGACACACAGUAUGUUGGCAAGCUUCACACUGAUCAAGAUAAAGGAGAUGGAAAUUUAAAAUACAUAUUAACAGGAGAUGGGGCUGGCAGUCUGUUCGUUAUAGAUGAAAAUACAGGAGAUAUUCAUGCUGCAAAGAAAUUAGACAGAGAAGAAAAAUCCCUAUACAUUCUUCGUGCCAAGGCUAUAGACAGAAAGACUGGGCGGCAGGUGGAGCCGGAAUCUGAAUUUAUUAUUAAAAUCCAUGAUAUCAAUGACAAUGAACCAAAAUUCACAAAAGACUUAUACACUGCCAGUGUUCCUGAAAUGUCUGGAGUCGGUACGUCUGUCAUACAAGUGACCGCAACAGAUGCAGAUGAUGCCAACUAUGGAAACAGUGCAAAAGUGGUCUACAGCAUACUGCAAGGACAGCCAUAUUUUUCUGUGGACCCAGAAUCAGGCAUAAUAAAAACUGCACUACCAGACAUGAGCAGAGAAAAUAGAGAACAGUACCAAGUGGUUAUACAAGCCAAAGACAUGGGCGGCCAGAUGGGAGGCCUUUCUGGAACCACCACCGUAAACAUCACUCUGACAGAUGUCAACAACAAUCCUCCACGAUUUCCUCAGAGUAUGUAUCAAUUUAAUUCUCCUGAGUCCGUACCUCUUGGAUCCCAUGUUGGAAGGAUAAAGGCUGAUGACCCUGAUGUGGGGGAGAAUGCUGAAAUGGAAUACAGCAUUGCUGAAGGAGAUGGAACAGACAUGUUUGAUGUCAUCACUGACAAGGACACACAGGAAGGGAUUAUAACUGUCAAACAGAAUUUAGAUUUUGAAAGCAAAAUGUUGUACACUUUAAGAGUGGAUGCAAGUAACACUCACCCUGAUCCACGAUUUCUACACCUGGGACCUUUCAAAGACACAGCUGUGGUCAAAAUAUCUGUGGAAGAUAUAGAUGAGCCUCCUGUGUUUAGUAAACUUUAUUACUUGAUAGAAGUAGAUGAAGAUGUAAAGGAGGGCAGCAUCAUUGGACAGGUUACAGCAUAUGAUCCAGAUGCUAUGAACAAUUUAAUAAAAUACUCCAUUGAUCGGCAUACUGAUAUGGACCGGAUUUUUAGUAUUCACUCCGAAAAUGGCUCUAUUUUCACUUUGAAACCCCUGGACCGGGAAUCAUCUCCUUGGCACAACAUCACCAUUACAGCCACAGAAAUAAGUGAGUGGGAAAUACAUCCAUCUGAACACCAAAGUGAUAACUCAAAACAAAGUAGCCACAUCCCUGUCUUCAUCAGAAUUCUAGAUAUAAAUGACCAUGCUCCGGAAUUUGCCAUGUACUAUGAAACAUUUGUUUGUGAAAAUGCAAAGCCUGGGCAGCUGAUUCAGACUGUCAGUGUCAUGGACAGAGAUGAUCCUCCCCGAGGCCACAAAUUUUUCUUUGAACCAGUGCCAGAAUUUCCUCUCAAUCCGAACUUCACCAUUGUAGAUAAUAAAGAUAAUACAGCAGGAAUCAUGACUCGAAAAGACGGGUACAGCCGCAACAAAAUGAGCACCUAUCUACUACCGAUUUUAAUAUUUGACAAUGAUUACCCAAUUCAAAGCAGCACCGGCACACUCACUAUCCGUGUGUGCGCUUGUGAUAAUCAAGGAAACAUGCAGUCCUGCAAUGCAGAGGCCUUGGUCCUCUCGGCGGGUCUCAGCACAGGGGCUCUAAUCGCCAUCCUUCUCUGCAUCAUCAUACUCCUUGUUUUAGUUGUGCUGUUUGCUGCACUGAAGAGGCAGAGAAAAAAGGAACCUCUGAUAAUUUCAAAAGAUGAUGUCCGUGACAACAUUGUGACCUAUAAUGAUGAAGGUGGUGGGGAAGAAGAUACCCAAGCUUUUGACAUUGGCACCUUAAGGAAUCCAGAAGCAAGAGAAGACAGUAAACUUAGAAGAGAUGUAAUGCCUGAAACUAUUUUUCAGAUAAGGAGGACUGUGCCUCUGUGGGAAAACAUUGAUGUACAAGAUUUUAUCCAUCGAAGAUUGAAAGAAAAUGACUCAGACCCAAGUGCACCACCUUAUGAUUCACUGGCAACAUACGCCUACGAAGGCAAUGAUUCCAUAGCCGAUUCACUCAGUUCUUUGGAGUCUCUCACAGCCGAUUGUAACCAAGAUUAUGAUUACCUCAGCGACUGGGGACCUCGUUUUAAAAAGCUUGCUGAUAUGUAUGGGGGUGAUGACAGUGACCGAGAUUAAGAGUAUCGUAUGACUUGAUCCAUGUUAGUGGAAGUACACUUCUUGUUACUAGAUUGAGUGGCCUGCAUUCUCUUCCUUGGAGGAAAUUUUUUAAAAAUUGAAAUUACAAACAAUACGUAGGUGUUGUCUUAGUAAGGGUUUGCUUAAUCAGUAAGUUUCUGUGAAUGACUAUGAAUGAUAUAGAUUUUAAAAAAAGUAAUAAUAACCAGUUCACUCUCUUUGCCUAGCAAUCUCUGAACGAAAGUAUAUCACAUCAAUAAUCAAUACAAAUUACAUAAAAGGCUUUUUGUGCCUUUCCUUAAAUAUAAAGACUUUAUAAAUGUUUUCUUAACUGACUUAUAGUCACCUUUACUAUUAAACAUUGUGCAACUGCUUUGUAAAUUAGUAUGAAAAUAUAUCCCUAAAGAAAUAGGAAUGACUAUUACUGCCAUAUUUAUUUAGUUGAAGAAUGUCUUUGUGUUAAUUCAUUCAUAUUUUUAUAAAUGUAUAUUUAUAUUUUUGUAUUUUUAUGAAAUAAACUAGUAUUUAUAAAAAUAAAUAUCAUUUUAUUUACUUCCUAGAAACAGUUCUGAUCUCACUGAUAAUAGAAAUUUUUUACAUCUUUAUAGACAAAACACAAUUUACUCAGGGAAAAAACAGCUAAGUUACUGCAUGUGAUUUGGAACUAGAAUGUAGCAAGACUAUAAAAGAGCUUUAGUAUAAGUUAUGAUUUUUUGUUUCUGCCACUUGAAUAUGGACAAAUGCUUAUUCAACCACUGAUAUCUACCCAUCAAUAGGAUAUGAGACCUUUGAAAUAUAAACUAUUAUAAAUAUACUUGUGAAUGAUUAUGGUUUUUAUAUAAUUUUUUCUAUAGAAUCAGCCAGUGAAUUUUAUUUGAGAGUAUAUGAAGUAUGUGUAAGAAAUGUUAUGUGUAUCAGGGGAAAAAAUGUAAAUCACUCUUUCUCCUUCAACAGAAGUUUUCAGAAUGAAAAGGAAUCGUUCUGAUUUUGUUCUCCUCAUCAGAUAAUUCAUGGAAUAUAAGCCAGGUGACAUUUAAAAUGAGUAUCAACAAACUAGAGGGUUUUUUUUUUUAAUUUAAAACUUUAUUGCAUAGAUUCAAAGUCACUGUAUUUGAGGAAAUCUUGAAAUAACUGGUAACAUGUAGGCUGAAGAUUAAAAAAAAAUUAGGGAAUGUGUGGUUUUACUAAUGAUUGGGAUUGUAAAAAAAAAAUCUGUUUUUGGACAGAAUUUGGACCCUUUAAGACAUGAGAAAGAGGAAGAGAGUGGCAGAAUUGUGCAUAAUAAUCAUUAGCAAAUCUCUGAGACUGCUAUGCAGAAAACCUGCCUCGGUUUAAUCUGAAGAAUAAAACCUAAACUAAAAUAUGGAAACUUCACAAGGAGAUUGCAUACUAUUCAUUUCCUGUGCCAUGAAUUAUCUUUUGCUUUCUCUUUUAUUAUUCAUCCUUUAAGGAGUAAAUAUCAUACCCAGGGUCAUUCUUAAUGUGGAAUUUAUUUAGAAAUUUAACACUGACUAGUCUGUUACCAAGCCUUUUUAAAUAGCAAAUACCAAUUAUAGACAAAUUUGUGUAUUCUGUUACUAUGUUAUAAAAUUUUCAAAGACCAUUCAAGAACUUUAGCACCAGUAGCUGACACAUAUUACAGAUUUAAUUUGAUGCUGAGAAAAUAAAAUAUACUUUGCAUUAAAGAAAAAUUUGAAAUUUUUCUAAUCAUUGGAAUUUUCCAGAAAACAGAAAGUUUUUAAGUUUUAGGUUUAGUUUAGAAAGUUGUUUUUUUUUGUUUUUGUUUUUUUUUUUUUUACUUUAGAAAGUAAUUAAGUUUUCCCAUUGCUAGAGCUAUUCCAGCAUGAAUCAGACAAAUAUUUGAGGAGGAUAACGUUGAGUGGCUUAAAGCAGUCGGCAAAAAUGAAUUAGAUAUCUAUUAAACUUCUUAUCACUUUAUUCUAUAAUCACUAGAAUAAGUGGCAAGAAGUAAACAAAUUAAGAAGAGGCUAUAAUGACUGUACGUGUAACAGCUGUAUAGAAAUGAAGAAAAAAUCAUGUUGAGUCAGAAAAGGGGAAUUGGUAGUUACAUUGCAUGCCUGGGUUUACCACACUUCAAAUACUAAGCGCAUCACAACAAACCAAGCUACCUGUAAGUUGUAAACCUACAACUGCAAUGAGGAAAUCAUAUUAAUACCACAUAGAAUAAGACACAUUACAUUUUUAAGCUUGAUUAUGAAGAAAUAUUCAUUUGAUUACCAUUUUUCAGCGUUUAAUAAAACUGGUUUGGGUUCUCCCUUUCCUGGAUCUGAGAAUGACUGAUAUACUGAUGUCUUUGUGAGGACAGAGCUAAUAGAUUUCAUACUUAAUAAGUAUAUGAUUGUUUUUGCUAUCAAUCAAGGAAUCCUAUUUGGUGAAAGAAAUGACCAGUUUCAUGAAAUAUUAAUGCUUUUCAUAAUUGUCUAAUAAUCUAUGAAAUUCCUGUAGUAGGAAAAUGCAUUUAGAAGACUGAUCAGCUUUUUUGUAAAUAAAAAAAAAAUUCCUAAUUGAGAAGUAAAAAAAAAAAAGAAAAAUAUAACUUCCCCACCCAUACCCACACAAAAAAUAGAGAUAAUAAUUAUUUACUCUAUUGUAUUUGGAUAAUUUUAUUUCAUUAAGAUGCACACAAUACAUUCAAUAAUAUUAGUUUCCAUCACUUGAUUCUCAUGGGACUGAGACACUGGUAAAAUCUGAGGAAAAUUAAUUCUUAAAGUGUGUUUACUUUCCAAACAAAAUAAAUUAGUUAGCUUUGACUGUUUAAACUUA